GCUCGGCAUGGCGGGCGUGCGGCUGGCCCCGUGUGACGGGGGCUGCCCCGUAGCGCUGCCGCCCGGGGAGACUCUGCUGGGACGCGGCCCUUUGCUGGGUAUUACUGAUAAGCGAAUAUCCCGAAAACAUGCCAUAUUGGAAGUGGUGGGUGGCCAGGUUCGCAUCAAACCGAUUCAUGUAGAUUCAUGCUUUUAUCAGUCUCCUGAGAACGGCCGUCUGCUACCAUUGGAAGCUCAUGAAUGGCACUCAUUGAAAUUUGGUGAUAGCUUUUCUCUGAUGGUUGACAAAUACAUCUUCAAGGUCCUUUCUGCUCAACCUGUGGAGAGUGCAGACAGGAAUAAUGAAGAUGCAGAAGCAGCAGUAAGUGUUCGCCCUGUUGAGAUAUCUCACAGUCCAUCGUUACCUGAGCCAGCAUGUUCCACCUCUGAGAUGCAAGGUAGCACAGAAAUAAGAAGCAGUGACUCUACUUCCACACAUCUGGUUCCUUUUUGUGAUGAUAGUGAAGGUGAACAGUCAAAAUCUAUUCAAAGGAGAAGGGUCCUUCCAUCAUGGAUGCUGGAAAAAAACCUCCUGGUUCCAAGGAUUUCUGAGCCUAUAAUGAAAGGAGGUGAUAGAAACAAAAAAAGCCAAGGAAGGGGAAAAAGCGAUAUGGAAUCUUUAAAAUCAGAAGUAAGUAUUCUGCAGGGAAAGAGAUCAGCUUCUGAAGAAAUUAAAGAGAAUUUUGAAGAUGAAGAGCAAGAUGAGGAGGAAGGGAGACGACUGUCCUCUCCAUUACAGAAUGCAUCUGGAUUUCCUCUUGAAAGUACCAUGGGAAACAUGGAAAGAAAAGGCAAGACUGAAACAAAAAAAGCUGGAAGUUCUGUGGAAAAAAGUAACAGGCAGCUGCAUAGUAAACGAUCUAAACCAUCAGGUCAGAUGUCCAGUAAGAUAAAUAGACUUGAGGAAUCAGAAAACAAAGGACAGCUUACUUGUUCUACAAGCCAACAAGCUCCCCGGGGCAGGACUUCACCUACUGGUGCCCAGGAAGGUGCUUAUGAGCCCAAUGCAGAUAUGGAUUACGACACUGAGAUUUCUUAUACAACCAAAGGUGCUGAGGCUUCAGAAAGCUCCAGAAAGAUAAAGCACAAGAGGACGCCUUGCAUGUAUGGAGCAGCCUGUUACAGGAGGAAUCCCGUUCACUUUCAGCAGUUCAGUCACCCUAAUGAUGAUGAUUAUUAUGAAACACACAGUGUAACUCAAGAUGACAACGAUAACCGCCCCGAAUGUCCAUAUGGAACUGCUUGCUAUAGGAAGAAUCCACAACACAAACUUGAAUACAAGCACACUGUACCUCCAGUAACUGAAAGACGAACCCGACAACGAACUUCCAAGAAUGGAAAAAGAGGUUUAGAGGAAGACAGUGAUGAUGAUGGUGGGCCAAAUGAAUAUGAUCUCAAUGACAGCUUCAUAGAUGAUGAGGAAGAGGAGUGUGAACCGACUGAUGAAGAUUCUGACUGGGAACCAAGUUCAGAAGAAAAGGAAGAUGUUGAAACACUUGUGAAAGAAGCACAGGGAUUUGUUAAGACCAAAAAGUAGCUGCACUGAAUAACAUUAAGAAUGUGCAAUCCAGUUGUAUUAAAAUUUGGGUGUGCAAGAACAGAAAUUGCUUUGAAAACUACUUUUUCCUCAGUGAUAUAGGAACUAUGGGGAGAGAUUAGCUUAAUGGUGGUGAAGGGAUUCAGCAAUACCUUUCUUUUUGUGUAAAUUGCACACUUUAAGUGGUGGAGUUAAAUGAUUGAGCUCUGGGAUUCUACUGUGUGUCAGCUGAAGUAGGACUUUGUGAAACAGAACUUUAUCAGCUAUUUCUUCUCCAGCAUCAUUAGUUUGGCUGUACAAAAUACAAUUUUAAAGGUUUAUAAUGCUUUAUCUCUCUGUCUAAAUAUUGACAUUAGAAAAGCCUUUAGAUUUGCUGAAACACAAUAUAUACUGUGUUAAAUAAAGAAGAACCAGACUUCGUACCUGUCAUGUCACAGGCGGAUUCUUGGCCAUCACUGAGGAAAUCUGUCUAAACCAUUUUACUUUUCAGUUAUUGAAACUUUACAUUCCAUUCAUCAGCUACUAGCUUUCCUUUUAAGCUUUACUUCAGUUGUCUUGAUGUACAGCAGUUAAAUACUGGUUGUCUGAAUAACUUCAGAAUAUCUAAGUGUACUGAACGUCUGAUGAUGUCCCCACACAAAUUAUGGUGUAUUUGCUUUAAUUACGGUACCUUUUCAAAUACAUGUACAUCCCUGGAGCUGUUUGGCUCACCAAAAAGCUGAAAUAAAAUGACCAUUUUUGCACAAUUAAACUUAUAAUAAGCCAUGAGGGGAAAAAACCUUAUAACUGUGUCUCUGUGGAUUUUCUUUAAAGGCUCUGUUGGAAGAUCCUGCCUUCAGUGUGUUCGCAGCUUUCCUGAGCUUAAAUUAAAAAAAAAUUUGAAUGUGUUUCUGGCAGGUGCUUGAAGCCAUGUUAAUUUAGGAGGUAUUUUUAUUAUUUUUAAUAUGGAAAUUCAGCAGGGAUACUGUUCUUGUGUGACUUCGUGAAAUUUUUCCUAAUUAUGGUUGAAUAAUAGAUAUCCAACUGCACUUGGAGCAUUGUAGUUGGGUGAUGAAAUGCUCUCUGCUGGUGAACUUCCAGGAGUACUUCUUCCAGCUGAUCACUUUUCUGCAGCAUAUUCCCAGCAUGAAGAAAAACACUGUUUUCUAGGGCUUCAGAAGAAGCAGAUAUUUGUAGUAAUUUCCUGUCUCUUUAAUAUGCUUUUGCAGUCUUGUGUUUGUUAAUCAUUUUAAUACUGUUAUAUCUUUGCUUGAAGAGACUGAGUGCCAUGGAAGCAAACUGCUGUUCAGAUCUGUAUUCUGACCAUGUAAUCUUUCUUGCAAAACCCUCAUAAAGUUACUUAGAAUAAAUUGGAUGCUACUGCAAA